AUGCCUUCUCCAAGUCGACAUCAACGAGGCCAUUACGCCACUAAUGCAUGCACUAAUUGCCGAAAAAAACACACAAAGUGUUCUGAAGAAACUACUUGCACAUAUUGUUCAUCACAUAACCUUGAAUGUAUUUAUGUUAACCCGAUUAAAAAGCGAGGACCGAAAACGGCCAAUAGAUCAGCUAAAGUUUUAAAUAUUGAACAGAAACGAUCAUUGGCCUUAAAUGAGCAUCAAUUUAGUUCAUCCAUCCCUUUCUACCUUAACUAUAAUUACAACGAAGGAUUUCAACCACUUCAAACAAUCCAACCCAGUUUUUUUCCGUAUAUUGAUACCAAUUACUUUAUUCUAAAUGAUAAUGCACCUGUUAAUUUUAGUAACAUAUUUUCUUUACCCAAUAAUUUACUUCCUUCCUCUUAA